GCUUAGCUUUAUCCCGCGGAUCGUCAUAUCCGGAAAACAGUACAGUUAUAAAGUCCAGUGUUUUUCGUUUCAGAGAAAUGUUGAUAAACUCAUUAAAUGCUCAAGAGCCCAAAUGAAGGACAAGAUGAGUGUCUCGUUGUCUCAGAUCAUCUGGAGAGUUUGUAAUUUAUUCAUGUCAGUGUUUUUCUCGCUGGCAACUUACGUGCAGAUAAAUGAUCCGGAUGCUGCUUUGUGGAUGGUUGGUUAUGCUAUUCCAGCUGGAUUGUGUUUUUUGCUUUGCUGUCAACCACAAAUAACAGAGUCAUUAUUAUGGAGGAGAAUGGCUGAUCUGCAUGUGCUUGUAGCUUCAACGUUUGGAGUCAUUCUGGGCUGGAAACUCUAUAAAGAGGGAAUUACAGACAUUUUCCAACAAGAGGAAGGAAGGGAAUGUUGUGGACUCAUGUUGAUGGUUUUCUGGCUGCUGUUGUGUCGACAUUCAGGAAGGAGUUCUGUGGGCUCUGUCAGGGUCUGCACUGCUGUGGGAAUCACAGUGUUUCCCUUCAUCACAUGGAUCUAUUACUACAUGAACACAGAGCUGAGGAAGUACUGGCCUGAACACUGUACAACUGCUCUCUGAUCAGAUAAAACACUCAAGACGCUCUAGAUCAGCACAACAUACAGAUCAACUGAACUUUACUAAAGUGCACUGAUAAUAUGAGACAAUCAGCAGCCAUCGAUCUUGAACAAAAAUAUUUAAUAAUUCAAUUGUAAACACUACACACUGUAGUGCUAUACAAACUUGAUGAUAAUGCUAUUUGUCUUUGUGCUCUCAAUCUCCUGAAUUUAUCUGAAAAUAAAUAACAGUAGGCCUAUAUGUGUCAUAAUGCCUUUAUGUAAAAAAGAAAACAAGUCAUAUCUGCCAUCUGAAGGUUUAAAUUCAGUCUCAGUGUUUCUGAUGGGUCUACGUCUCUGAUUUAUUUAUACUGUUGAGCUUGGCUUACAGCUAAAAUUAGUUUUUAAAUAUCAAAUCAACAUGACAUAUACAAAAUAAAAAUGUUUUAACACAAUAAAACAUGCCCAUUUUCAAAAACAGUGCAAAACUUUUACAUUAACAAUAGCUAAAUAACGUCAUUACACCAAAC